AGCGCGCAGCAGCAGUGGCAGCGACCCUUACGCCAGCCGCCAGGCCUUGCGCCCUUCCGCCGCCCGCGUCCCGCUAGCCGCGCCCCUGUGUCCCGGCCCGCCAAGCCUCCCGGCCGCCCGCCAGGACCCCCGGCUCGCUCGGCCCCGCGCCCCAGACCGCCCAGGACCGGCCCCCACUCCGCAGGCUGCCCGCCGCCCGCGCCACCAUGGGGGUGGAGGGCUGCACCAAGUGCAUCAAGUACCUGCUCUUCGUCUUCAAUUUCGUCUUCUGGCUGGCCGGAGGCGUGAUCCUGGGUGUGGCCCUGUGGCUGCGCCAUGACCCGCAGACCACCAGCCUGCUCUACCUGGAGCUGGGAGACAGGCCGGCCCCCAGCACCUUCUAUGUGGGCAUCUACAUCCUUAUCGCCGUGGGUGCCGUGAUGAUGUUUGUUGGCUUCCUGGGUUGCUACGGGGCCAUCCAGGAGUCCCAGUGCCUGCUGGGGACGUUCUUCACCUGCCUGGUGAUCCUCUUUGCCUGUGAGGUGGCAGCUGGUAUCUGGGGCUUUGUCAACAAGGACCAGAUCGCCAAAGAUGUGAAGCAGUUCUAUGACCAGGCCCUUCAGCAGGCUGUGGUGGACGAUGAUGCUAACAACGCCAAGGCCGUGGUGAAGACCUUCCAUGAGACGCUCAACUGCUGUGGCUCCAGCACACUGACUGCACUGACCACCUCCGUAAUGAAGAACCAACUGUGUCCCUCGGGCAGCAACUUCAUCACCAACCUCCUGAAGGAUGACUGCCACCAGAAGAUUGAUGAGCUCUUCUCUGGGAAGCUGUACCUCAUUGGCAUUGCAGCUAUCGUGGUUGCCGUCAUCAUGAUCUUUGAGAUGAUCCUGAGUAUGGUGCUGUGCUGUGGCAUCCGGAACAGCUCUGUGUACUGAGCCCCUGCAGUUUUAGCCACAGGAACCCCCGCAGUGCCACCAGAGUGACCCGGAGGCUGCUGAGGGCUGUCACCAUCUGUGUAUAUAAUGUUUCCGGUAUUACUCUGCUACACUUAGCCUUUUCACUUUUGAGGUUUUGUUUUUGUUCUCAACUUUCCUGUUACCUUUUUGGGGCUGAGAUCACGCAUAGGUGGCUGUGUGGGGGUGGAGCUAGCCUGGGCCUUGGGGAUCCUGUGCUUCUGGGCCCCUUAGGGAGCUCUGUCUGCUGAGCCAGCCCACUCCUGGGGCCUCUUCACCCAGAGGCUCAGUGUGGCCAAGCUGGGGUCUGUGUCCACCCACUCUGCCCAUCCUGUGGGCUGCACAUUGCUCACAUCUUUUUUAAUCCUUGUCCCUCUACUGCCCCCAUUUUGAGAGCUGGGCCUGUGAGCACUCUUAUGCCUUCAAUGUACCUGUCCUUUCUAACAUGUCACCUUCAAUUGUAAUUACAACAUCUUGAAACAGUCAUUUAAUAAAGAAGGAAAAUCAGGCAUGC